AUGCCCAGUGACAGCCACACAGACGACCUAAGUGUCAGACAGCCGAAGCGACGCGGACGCAGCAGCACCCGCGACUACGAGGACUUUGACCUGAGCCCGAAACCCCACAGCCACAGCCACACCCACCGCUCCAGCAAACGGACCGGUUCGCACCGGGACUCCAAGGGCCACAAGGACAAACGCGACCGAGAUAGUGCCGGGACUGAUCUGAACGGCAAGCACGGGAGAGACAGGGCCGGAGGACAGGUGCAUGAGGGCAUGGGGGUAGAUAUGGCGGGUGGGGCAGGGGGUGGGCCACGGUCUGGGCGACGGCGCAGUAGUCGCGGGGAGGGAGAGGGCCGCAGCCGUAGCAAGGACAAGCGCCAGAAGCGUAGCAAGCAGCGGUGAUAGGGGGUGGAUCAGAGCGGUUAGGUGCGUGGGGGGGGGGGGGUAAGGGGGUAUGGUGGGGUGCACGAGUAGCUUAGUAGCGCAUGGGCAAGUACUAUAGAGACGAGUGCCCAUGUGUGGUAAGUAGGUAGGUAGGGAUAUCUACGGGCUGUAGGAGCGCGUGUGCUUGUACUGCAAGAACGUCGGGAUUUGUGAAGUGAGGACUUUUGGGCCCAUUCCCGAGGGGAAGCUUCCGGAUAGGGUGAGAUGGGGGAGAGGGGGGGGGGUAGGGUAGAUGCGGGACUAGCUCAAAACACACUAGAAGCCGUGAUGAAGGUGGUGGGUAGAUGGAUAUGUUUGUGUAUACAUGGGCAGAAGCAUGUGCGGUGGUAGGUAUAUGUAUGUCAUGUGUGUGCGCAUACCUACCGCAAGGACGAGUGGAUCAGUGCGAGUGGUCAGUGGAAAAGUGAAAAGAUGGGACGGGCAAAGUGUAGGCCAAUUCAGAGUAGCCGGUCGGUGUACAUCCGAAGGCGUUGCCUAGCAACUACAUGCCUGAAGCCGCUUCGAUUGAACCGCCAACCCACUCGACAGGAAUGUAGGGUACGCUUACAGGCACUCGAAUGGAUGUGCUCUGCACCUUUAUCUACCUGAAUGCAUGUGUCCCUGUAUAGAGCAUAGAGCAAUACACCUACCACAUAGAAAAAGCUCGUGCGCUUCACGGUGUAGGUAGGCUCGGUAUAAGUAGGCAUAUGAGUGCUGCGUCUGAGGCCCAUGGGUGAUAGCAUAUCACCUGUAGGAGGCGUGUCGACAGACUCGGGUGACAUCAGUCUGUUGGCGGGGCUAUGCGUAUAUGGGUACUUGAUACCAAUCACCACAACCCCCCAGUCUGUGAACCCCAAGAAGCCUGUAGAUGAAUAGAGGCUUGGGAGCAUGCCGCAAUGCGCAUCCGCCUAUGUGCACGCUGUAUAGUAGACAAAUAGGGAGGAGUCCUAGACGAGAGAGGUAUCACUUAGUAGGCGAUCAUUAAGUGCUGGAAUGCGUGCGACCGCGUAUCAAAAGAACUAUCGUGUGGGAUCAGUUCGGUACAUGGGAGCCAUACCUGAGAAGUGGGCACGUAUUUGAGAAGUUGCUGUGGAUGUGGAUGGUUACCGCACUGUGGGGGAAGUGCUAUGGCUAGCGUCUCCGAGCCCUCCAGCAAAGUACCGAACUUAUGCAAAACUUCACAUUCGCUAGACUACUUGCACAGUUGCACGCUCCGUAAGCUUAACGUUUUCAUCCCGCCUAGAGUGAUAGCCCAAAGCGACACCGCCAAGGUUUCCACUGACCACGCCUAUACUAACCUUCAGUCCAACCACACGGUCUCCACUAACCACGCCUAUACCAACCUUCAGUCCAGCCACUGAGAUCUGCUUAGUCGGCUGUGUGAUAGACCCGCGUGUUUGGGUCUCUAUAGCGACGGUACAGACGUUGGCAGUGCUCGACACCCCACUGCCAGUGCAAUAAACAAGAAAUUGCAAGUUAAAUACUAGAAGUGUGAUGUGAGAUAGGACCAGGUGGCCUCGAUUCAUGCGGCAAGGCUUGCACCAUCCGGCGUGCAGUAUGUAGCGGAUCAGACGAUUCGUUCUUUAAACACAAUGAAACACAUUGAAA